AUGAAUAUAUGCAUAGAUGAGAGCUUACUUCUAUGAAAGGGUAGAUUAGGAUGGAAGAUGUACAUCCCACUAAAGCGUGCUUGAUUUGGAAUUGAGGGCUACUUUCUUUGUGAAUCAAGCACAGGAUAUGUGUAUAACUUCGAAGUUUACACUGGAAAGGGAACAGAUCUUCAAAUGCCUCCUUGUGCUACUGAAAUUGCACCUGAAUACCUAAAUCAUUCAACGAAGGUCGUCCUGCAUCUAACGACAAACUUUUUGGAUAAGGGCUUUUAUCUUGACACAUCAUAUAUGUGUAAAGACUGCAAUGUUGGAUUAUGCACAGUACCAUGCUUUGAAAUCUACCAUACAAAAGUCGAUUUUUCUAAAUAAAUAAAUAAACAUAUAUAUAUAUAUAUAUAUUU